GGAUCUGAAGGGUUUACAUGUUAAGUGAGGCUGAUGAGCAGAGUUCUCUACCUGCUGCAACGUAAAUGUCUUCAAACAAUGAGCAGUUGAAUUUAGUCGGCAUAGAUACGGCACAGUUCACUCCAUUCAUUUAGUGUUAUUCAAGUUAAGAUCUCAGGAAACAACACUUUACGCACUCCCUGACACACUCAACAUGGCGAACAGGCUUCGCCGUUCGACCAAGUUGAUACAGGCGCUGUCUUGACGCACUGUCGUGACGUCAGCCUUUUCGCUUGUCAAGCUGUAAAAGGGAACCUUGAACUGGAGAUAUUCUUUUUUUCUGGAAACACAGUCUUUCUGUAGCUAGCUGUGUGUUUUCUAUUUCAGUAAAUCCGACAUGGCAUUAAGAAGCGCCGCUCUCCGUCUGCUCGCCAGCUCCCAGAGAUGUGCUUUGAUCUCCGCCUCGAGAGCGCAGGGGACCGUCGCGCCUGCCCAGUGGGAGGCUGAAAAAGGGAGCAAGAAGAAGACGGCCAAAGCACCCAAGGUGCAGUUCAACUGGCGCGACGCCCUGGAGCUGGAGGGUCAGCUGACCGAGGAGGAGGUGAUGAUCCGGGACUCCUUCCGCACCUACUGCCAGGAGAAGCUCAUGCCCCGCAUACUGAUGGCCAACAGGCACGAGGUGUUCCAUCGGGAGAUCGUGUCGGAGAUGGGAGAGCUGGGAGUCCUGGGCCCCACCAUCCAGGGGUAUGGCUGUGCUGGGACGAGCUACGUGGCGUACGGGCUGAUAGCGAGGGAGGUGGAGAGGGUGGACAGCGGGUACCGCUCCGUCAUGAGCGUGCAGUCCUCGCUGGUCAUGCACCCCAUCAACGCGUACGGGACCGAGGAGCAGAAGGAGAAGUACCUGCCGAAGCUGGCGCGGGGGGAGAUCCUGGGCUGCUUCGGCCUGACCGAGCCCAACCACGGCAGCGACCCCGGCGGCAUGGAGACCCGCGCCAAGUACAACCCGUCCAGCCGCACCUUCACCCUCACCGGCUCCAAGACCUGGAUCACCAACUCCCCGGAGGCGGAUAUCUGCGUGGUGUGGGCCAAGUGCGAGGACGGCCGGGUUCGAGGCUUCAUCCUGGAGCGCGGCAUGAAGGGCCUGACCACGCCCAAGAUCGAGGGCAAGUUCUCCCUGCGGGCGUCGGCCACCGGCAUGAUCCUCAUGGACGAGGUGGAGGUGCCCGAGGAGAACCUGCUGCCCAAAGUGUCCGGGCUGGCGGGUCCCUUCGGCUGUCUGAAUAACGCUCGCUACGGUAUUGCCUGGGGGGCGCUGGGGGCCGCAGAGUUCUGCUUCCACGCGGCCCGCCAGUACACACUGGACAGGGUGCAGUUUGGAGUUCCCCUGGCUCGGAACCAGCUGAUGCAGAAGAAGAUGGCCGACAUGCUGACGGAGAUCACCAUCGGGCUCCAGUCCUGCCUGCAGCUGGGCCGGCUCAUAGACCAGAAGAAAGCGGCCCCGGAGAUGAUCUCCAUGCUGAAGAGGAACAGCUGUGGCAAGGCUCUGGACAUCGCCCGGCAGGCCAGGGACAUGCUGGGGGGGAACGGCAUCUCGGACGAGUACCACAUCAUCCGCCACGUCAUGAACCUGGAGGCCGUCAACACUUACGAGGGUACGCACGACAUCCACGCGCUCAUCCUGGGUCGAGCCAUCACGGGCCUUCAGUCCUUCACAGUGGACAAAUAGACCUGCCGCUGCUGCUGCUGUGUGGUCCUGUGCAGGGAGACCUGGGCUCACACACACACGCCAGUCAUCUCCUCCAUCUGCUUCGGAAAGCGGCCAAUCGCACUUGGCUCCCUGAGACUGCUAGCUUUAACACCUGUGUCCGGACUGGGAAACGAAGGGCUGAACAUUAACCACGGUUCUGAUGUGCUGCCGUAAUCGUAGAAUGAGAAUGUUAUCAAAUUUACUUACUUCUUCGGGGUUUCUCAAUGUAUGGAUCUGACAUUUACAAAUAUAGCCUGUGCAUUCGAUAAAGCAUACAGUUUGGAUUGACUGCACAAGUUAUUUGCAAAAAUAUAUCUAUUAGGUUAUUUUGCAGAAUGAUACUGGAAUAUUUACUCUUACUUGUGGGGUCUUGAAAA